AUGGCCGUCCACGAACCGUCCAUGGCGGAGGCGCUCAACCUUGCCCAGCCCGCCGCUGAGUCCCGAUUGUCCAUGCCGACACCGAUUCGGAUUCCCGUCUCUGGCUUCGUCGGCUUCAGCAUUGGCUCUACAUUGGGUCUGAUUCACGGCAGUCGCAUCGCCCAGUUACAGUUUCGCGCCGAACACGCCCAUAAGAUGCCAACCUCCACGACAGGAUGGUACCUGUACCACAAGAGCAAAAACUAUCACACCAUGUUUGGCGGUAUGCGCGAGGCCAUUCGCAUGGGUUCCCGUCUUGGAUUCUGGACACUGUUGGCAUUUGGCCUGGAGAGCACCGUGGACCGCUAUCGUGGAAAGACGGAUUUCCUGAGCACUGUGCUCUCUAGUGUGUCCGUAGCUGGUGCUUUCAGUCUGUGGAACCGCUUCUCGCUACCUACGGCCGCUAGGACAGCCAAGUACGGCCUCCUUUUUGGCCUUGCCUACGGAGGUAUGCAAGACGUCGUUGGCUUGGCCCGCGGCAGGCCCGUUAGUUACGUCGAGUUCUUCCGCCGAAAAUUCCGGUCGGCCAGCAACUUGGAGGAACAACGCCAGGUGUAG